AUGGAAUCUUCUUCUUCUGUUCGUCGAGGACACCAGAUGGCCCGUCUGCGUGUUCCUCAGUCCUCCCCCUCCUCUUCCUCCUCUGUCCCCCCCAGCGGUCAGAAGGAUCCAGCACCUCCUUCUGUUCGUUCCGCUCCGUCUGUGCCCACAAUGGUGAGCACGUCCUCUCGUUCUGGGGUGCCUGCCCCCACUGCCCCCAAGUACUUGCGUACAAGCAAGCACUUGUCCACUCCCUCCCCUGUGGCUCCUCGGACCACGUCCUCUCAUUCUUCUAUUCCCACCCCCGUCUCUCGUUCCUCCAUUCCCACCCCUGCCCCUCGUUCCCCUGUGGCUAAGGCCACGUCCGUUCCCUCUCCCCGUCCCCUUUCCGCGGGUGCGUCGUUCCUGAAAAGGUUCGACGAGAAACACCCAACUUCCACUCGUUCUAUCCCCGUCCCUGUCGCUCGUUCCCCUGUGGUUCCUCGGACCACGUCCUCUCCUUCCGCCCCCCAAAAGACUAGUGCCAACGGCCAUAGCGCCACUUCCCCUCGUUCUUCUCCUUCUGUGGCUCCUCGGACCACGUCCUCUCGUUCUCCUGUGGCUCCCAAGGCCACGUCCUCUCCCUCUUCCUCUUCCCUUUCCGCGGGUGCGUCGUUCCUGAAAAGGUUCGACGAGAAACACCCAUCCACUCGCUCCCCCGUGGAUCUUCGGACCACGUCCAUUCCUUCUCCUGUGGCUCCUCGGACCACGUCCUCUCGUUCUUCCAUCCCCGUCCCUGCCUCUCGUUCUUCCGUGGCUCCUCGGACCACGUCCUCUCCUUCUGUGGCUCCCAAGGCCACGUCCUCUCCCUCCCCCCGUCCCCUUUCCGCGGGUGUGUCGUUCCUGAAAAGGUUCGACGAAAAGCACCCAUCCACUCGUUCCCCCGUGGAUCUUCGGACCACGUCCACUCCUUCUCCUGUGGCUCCUCGGACCACGUCCACUCCUUCUGGUAAUAGUCGUCCGUCUCGCCUUCAGGCGUUGCGGGAGGCGUAUUACCGAUCCCGCGAGGCCAGGGCUCGAUCCGAUGCAGCCCUUGCGUCCACCGAGGAUGGAGCAGCUUCGGCUGCGAAGUCCGCGGCUCGCAAGGGUAAGUCGGUGAAGAGUGUCCAGUUUAGCGAGGUCACCACAGUCAUUACCGUUAGUCGGUGGAUUAUCAAAGCGCGCGAUAUCCACCGUUGCUGUUGGUACUAG